AUGUCCGUCGUUGAAAUCUCCUCAAAGGAGCAAUUCACCUCGCUUCUCAGCGCCUCUCGCCUAGUCGUCGCUGACUUCUACGCCGACUGGUGCGGACCAUGCAAGGCUAUUGCCCCAGCCUAUAACUCGCUGGCGACACAGCUGUCCCGCCCGAACCAAAUCACCUUCACGAAGAUCAAUGUCGACCACCAACAAGACCUCGCCAAAGCUUACGGCGUCACAGCAAUGCCAACCUUCAUCGUCUUCAAGAACGGCCGCGUGAACCAAACCGUCAAGGGCGCCAACCCCGCACAACUGAACUCGAUCGUGCAAAAGCUCGCCUCAGAAGCAAGCCAAUCUGACGAUGCCGGCGCCGGCGAAGGAAGCUCAGGCGAGGCCUGGAUCGGCGGCACAGUGGCCAAGGGCUACAGCGACAUCACCGACCAAGUCGACCCGAAGGGAUUGGAGCUGCUGAACCGGGACACGGAGCUCGCAGCCCCGCGCACACUGUUCGACACAUCGAAGCCAUCCAGCCUGGCCGGCAAGGGCAAGAGCAAGGCGGAGAGCAGCUCCGCGGAUUGGGUAGAGAGCGACACGGACGAGCAGCUCAUGCUGUACAUCCCCUUCCAGUCCACGCUUAAGGUGCACUCGCUUCAGAUUACUUCGCUUCCGCCUGCGGACGGCGAUGACGAGACUCCUAUGCGGCCGAGGAGUAUUCACGUUUACAAGAAUACGGCUCAUGUGCUUGGGUUUGAUGAGGCGGAUGGGAUUCCACCUGUGCAGAAGGUGGAGAUUCAGGCUGGGGAUUGGGAUGAGAAGACUGCGACUGCGACUGUUGGGUUGCGGUUUGUCAAUUUCCAGAAUGUCACCUCGCUGGUUCUGUUCUUUGUUGAUGGUGAUGGGGAUAGUGAGAAGCUGCGCGUGGAUCGGAUUCGGGUUAUUGGUGAGGCAGGCGAGAAGAGAUCCAUGGGCAAGUUGGAGAAGAUUGGUGAUGAGCCUGGCGAGUAA